GAGAUAUUUAUAAAAGUGCACGAUAUUACAUUUGAUACGCCGAUCUUGCUAAGGCAGCAUGCUUUUUUCUCAAUGCGCAUGCGCAAGAAAUCAAAACACAAUUGAACACAUGGUAUGGAACAUUGGCAUUUCGAUCGCGCUUAACGUGGUGCACACGAAACGUUGAUUGUAAAGAAAAAUGGCAUGUCCCUAUAAUGAAAGUCGUGUCGAGCUUGGAUUUGCCGAGAAAACUAAUUCAUGGCAAUUGAGAUCAAAGUUUUUCCCGUCGAAGUUCGGUGGCAAGCCAGCAUGGUUAGCGCUCAAAAAACUACCGAGAACCCUAAUAUGCUUCUGUGGAGAACCUCUUACAUUUAUUCUACAGGCAUAUGCUCCUGUUGAUGAUCAUCCUACGGCAUUUCAUCGCACGCUAUUUAUUUUUGGUUGUCAACCGUGUGUGGAUAAAAAGAAACCCGAUUCGAUUGUAGUUUUCCGUUCGCAGUUGGGUCUCGUCAAUGAUUUCUACCCCGAUGUACCUGCAGUCGAAGUCGAGGAGGGAUCUGAAUCGCCUUCGGCUGCCGAUUUCCAACUGCUUUGUUGCGUUUGUGGUUGUCCUGGCCCUCAGAUGUGUUCAUUAUGCAAACAACGCAACUAUUGUUCUAAGCAACACCAAAUCCUUGACUGGAAGAAGGCUCACAAGUUUGUAUGCGUUGGUGUGAAAAAAUCAGAUAAUGAGCCAGGUGCCGGAAGGGAUAACAGACAACAAGCACCUCAGAUUACCGAUAACGCGGAGGAUGUCCAAUUGGAAUCCAUGGAAAUUGAUCAAGCCAACACAGUGGACAUUGAUGAGUUGGCUACUCGAAUGAGUGCUCAGAGCUGUCUUGGAAAAAGUGACUUUACGGGGUUGGAUAGCGAAGAUCAUUCAUUACUAAAAGUUGACUGGGAAACAUCAGUGGGGAGUGGACAAAAUGGGAUGCAGACCUUCACAAAACCGUCAACCGAGAGUAAUUCAAAAGACACUUUUGCAAAGACGAGGAAGAAAAGGGAAAAACCCGCGAAGGACUACCUACACAAAGGGAUCCUGCCCGAGUUCGAUAUUGAAAUGGAGCCAGAGGAGAUCAUGGAGAAUGAAGAAAAGAAUGAUACGCAGCAGGACCUAACCAAGUACCUCGAAGGCCUUGACAAAGACAGCAUAGCUUGCAUGAAGGAAAUGGCACACUGUAAUGAGAAAGAUCUCAAGGAAAUUGAAAAUAUAUCAAAAAGUUUUAAUGACAAAGCUUAUAAACGGUUCAAGAAAAUUGUCGACCAUUAUCCUGAGCAGAUAAUAAGAUAUUGCAAAGCUGGGAAGCCCCUAUGGGUUUCAAGCCAAGACCUACCGAAGCAGGUGCCAUCUUGCGAACUUUGCGGGUCUCCUAGAAUAUUUGAAUUUCAGGUAAUGCCACAUGCUUUAAAUAUAGCAAAGAAUGAUCUGUUAGACUGGGGAACCUUGGCAGUCUAUACCUGUGCGAAGAAUUGCAACACGGACGAGUACGUGAAGGAGUUUGUACACAGACAAGACUUCAGUCAAUAAAGGUAUAACACAAAAGCUAAGUUAUUAAAACGCCCGUUGGUACUCCUUGUGAUUAGUGACUUGUAAACUGAUUUAAAUUGUUAAAAGAAAAAAUGAAUACUGAAAAUAAAUACUGUUUUGAAAUAUAUGACAUUUGUAUUUAUUCUACCUCAAUUAUUGUCUUUGCUUCUCGAUUUUUAUUUCAGUUCGUUGCUUAAAACUACUUAAGACUACAAUUUACCUAUUUAUCGCUAUUUAACAAUUACGAUUCAUAUCGGAAGACCAUGUCAUAAAGACUUGUUUUUGAAAGAAAUAUCAAAGCUUUUGAACUUUUGGAAAAUUUUCAUCUAAACUGGGCUCAAAAUCAUCACUAGAAUGUGUUGUAUUUUCACACAUCAUAUUUGUCUUAAUUUGAUUCAUGUAAUGCCUUUUCGACUGAUCUAAAUGGCUAUAACAUCAUACAGGCAUUUAAAAAAAAAUAAAAUGCAAAGUACAAAUUAGCAGAAAUCACCGAUGUAUUAACGGCUCAUUGAAUAUUUUUGGCUUAUAACACAUAUUGUAAUAUAGUCAAACGUGCAAUUAUGCAUUAUUCACUAGAGUUAUUAUCAAAAAAAAAGAAUUCAAAAGGUUCAAGCGACAAACUUUGCGGGCUUUCCCUACCCACGCCCCUAUAGCACUUCAAAAGCUCUUGUGCAGUAUACACUUCUAACGUUGUAAUUCAUUAGCUUUUUAUAUCCAUAAUUAAUAAUCGUCAACAACGGCUAUUCUUCACAAGGACCCUUUCGGGCUUGCAUUUGACACAGAUUGUCCUAACCAUUGCACGCAAAAUUCUGAUCAACCUAACCGAAAGCACAUAAAAGCCAGUAGCCAUUACAUGUUCGUGAGAUGCCUGAAUAUCUUUCUCUUCUAAUUAAGUAUACAUUUACUAUUUCAGCACUUUGCUACGUUCCUUGAUCACGAAUGAACGCUACUAAGACUAGAAUUAAAUUUUUCUAAUAAUUUUUCUAAUAAAAGAAAAAAAUUUAUACUUAGCUUAUUCGGAACCUGAUGUUUAGCAUAUAACAUGUAAAUGUUAUUGUGAUAUUAAAAUAGAACAAGAGAAGGAGCUCAUUUUAGUUUCUAUUAAAUGAACAUUAUUGCUUUCAUUACUAAUCUUGUGAUGAUAGAAAACUUAGGUAACCAAUAAUAGUAUUCUCUUUUAAUUAAAUGUAAUAGUAAAGUAUAACUAGAAAAGUCAUAUGCUUGUAGAGCGUACAUCUAAGCGACUUUUUGUCCAGAAAGUGUUCUGGAUAUGUCUUACAUGUAUUGUUUUCAUAUUCUUCCUACAAGUACAUUACAGUAUGAUUUACCAUUGCUGCAUGCGUUUAAAUCUUACACAACCAACACUAGAGAGUUCUAUCUGUAAACGUACGAUGGCAUGUACGCUCACAUUAUUACUGAAAAGGUCGCCAAAACAUCAGAUAAUCUAUUAUCAAAAAGCCUGCUCUAAAUUAAGGCUUGCAUCUACUAAAGUGAGCAUUUUUGGAUGAGCCAGUUAAAAAUUAUUAAAUUUGAGCUAGCUGAGGAAAUCGAAUUUCACUGGGAUCCACAUGGCUUAUGCAGGAAGUGUUCAUUGGAUCGAAGCUCUAUAUAUCACCUAUUAGCGAAAUCCUUAUUCCUAAUAAUCGACGAA